ACGAACUGAAACCGAACAAAGAUUGCGAGGUUGUCGCUGUGACAUUGUCAUGCCAUAUUUGAAAGUGGCAAGGAGUUCGCUUUUAGUUACCGAGGGAAGAAGAUGGGUCCUCUAACACCCACACCCACCAUGGAUAUCAUCUAUGAUCUCAUUGAAGAGGCCAAGCUCCGUUUUCUCUGGUGGGCUCUUUGUAUAUUUGCCAUUUCCUAUUUCUUCACUCAUGGAUAUCCUUAAGUGCUUUUCCUAAUGUUCUUCGAUCAGAACUUGAGUUUCAAACCUUGACACAAGUAAAUCAAUGUGGAUGAAUCUUCCCAUGUCCAUUCUGUUUGUUGCUGCUCUGCGCAUUCUUUUGAACAAAGUGGAAUUCCGUUGGAAGAUUCGGCCACCUAGAUUACAGACUUACCUAUCUCAUUUGGAGAAAAAACAGCUGCCUCUGAAUGAUGAACACCUCUCUUCUUCACCUUCUCCUCCCAAAUGGAAGAAGAAGAUUGAUUCUCCUGUCGUGGAGGCUGCCUUGAAUGACUUCAUUGAUUUGAUAUUGAAGGAUUUCGUGAUAAAUAUGUGGUAUGCAGAAAUUACUCCAGAUAUGGAGUUUCCUGAGCUGAUUCGUGAGUUAAUCAUGGACGCUCUUGCUGAAGUGUCAGUGAGGGUUAAAGAAAUAAACCUUGUUGACUUGCUCACAAGGGACAUAGUUGAUUUAAUAGGUGAUCAUAUAGACCUUUUCAGAAGAAAUCAAGCUGCUAUAGGUGUUGAUGUUAUGUUAACCUUAUCUUCUGAGGAGAGAGAUGAAAGAUUAAAAUUCCAUCUGUUGAAUUCUAAGGAGCUUCAUCCAGCAUUAGUAUCUGCAGAGAGUGAGUACAAGGUUCUUCAGCAGCUAAUGAGUGGAGUAUUAGCUACAGUACUAAGAAAACGAGAAGCUCAAUGUCCUGUUGUUCGAUCUAUAGCUCGGGAAAUUUUAACUUGCUUGAUAUUACAACCUCUCAUGAAUUUGGCAAGCCCUGCGUAUAUCAAUGAGCUGAUUGAAUCCCUUUUACUUUUCCUUAAUGAGGAGGGUAUAAAUUGGAUGACGGUCGGCGAUCAUUCAACUAAUACAACUCAUAAUCAUGGUAAUUCUGCUGCUGGGGGUGGACAUGAUAAUCAUACAGCCUCAGCUGAUUGGGCACAAAUGCUGGAGGCUGCAACUCAGAGAAGAACUGAAGUUCUUAUGCCUGAGAAUCUGGAGAACAUGUGGGCAAGAGGGAGGAAUUAUAGACGGAAACAGCAUAAAAAUAUCAAAGUUGGCUUUCAGGACCCUUCUGGGAAAUAUCCGGCUACAGAUGCAAUUCCAGAACGAAAGUCUCCUCUGUAUUCUGUGGGUUCAGAUCCCCUCCUAAUUGUUGGAGGCACAAAUAGGUCAGAGUCUUCACCAGAUCCUGACAAGGAGUUCUCUUCUGAAGCAGAUCAUCAUUCUGAUGAAGUGAAAGAUUUCAAGGACUUCACUUGUAAAAAAUAUAAAGAUCCGCUCAAGAGAUCCAGCAGUGGUUCUCUAUUGGGAAUCCAAACUCACAAGGCAGGGUCCCCAAGGGCAGAUUUCAAUGCCCCUGAAUUUGAGAAAUAUGGUGAAGGAUUUUGGGGCAAGAGUGGUUCUGACAUGGUUGUUAAGCCCAAGCUUCGGUGCCGGGUAAUAGGAGCAUAUUUUGAGAAACUGGGAUCCACAUCUUUUGCUGUCUAUUCAAUUGCAGUGACUGAUGGUCAAGAGAAAACUUGGUUUGUUAGAAGAAGAUACAGGAAUUUUGAGCGAUUGCAUAGGCAUCUAAAAGAUAUUCCCAAUUAUGCAUUACAUUUGCCUCCCAAAAGGAUAUUUUCCUCGAGCACAGAGGAUGCCUUUGUCUAUCAGCGUUGCAUUCAACUUGAUAAAUAUCUCCAGGACCUUCUAUCAAUAGCUAAUAUAGCUGAACAACAUGAAGUAUGGGACUUUUUUAGUGUUUCCUCAAAGAACUACUCUUUUGGGAAAUCUUCUUCAAUGAUGAGGACCCUGGCAGUCAACGUAGAUGAUGCUGUGGAUGAUAUUGUACGGCAGUUUAAAGGUGUAUCAGAUGGUUUCAUUCGAAAAGUUGUUGGUUUAUCAUCCCCUACUACUGAAGGUUCUUCUACAUCAAGAUUUUUCUGGAAUGUGGAUGAAAUGGAUAAAAGUAUUUCAAGGCAAAAUGCUGCAGAGUGUGUGUUAAGCUCUGAUAACGAGGAAGGUGAAAAGGAAGUUAAUUUUGGUCAUGAGAAUAUUGAUAAAGAAGUAGCAGAAGAUAAUGAGUGGCAUUCUGACAAUGAAUUGAGCUCAAAGGAUUGUUCACAACUGGUUAUAAACCAUGGUAGUGAGCCUAGUAACUCGGAUCUAGAUAGAAAACAUGAUGCAGCAAUUGAAGCUAAGGUUGAAAAGGAUGUCGCAGCUACAAAUUUAAGUCCAGUUCCUGAUAAUAUGGAGGAUCCAGAUGAAGUUCCACCUGAGUGGACCCCACCUAACGUGACUGUCCCUAUUUUGAAUUUGGUGGACAACAUAUUUCAGCUUAAGAAAAGAGGCUGGCUAAGAAGACAGGUUUUUUGGAUAUCAAAACAGAUAUUACAGUUGGUGAUGGAAGAUGCUAUUGAUGAUUGGCUCCUAAGUGAGAUUCAUUGGCUACGCAGAGAGGAUACCAUUGCUCUAGGGAUCCGGUGGAUCCAAGAUAUCCUCUGGCCUGGUGGUAAAUUUUUUUUAAGAGUACAGACCCCGCAGGUGUUAAUCAGUAGCAGUUUACUUGAUCACAAGCCUUUAUCAACCAUAAGUGAAUCUGAUGGACCCAGGAUUUCAAAAUCGCAGUCAGGGUCCUUCGAGCAACAGCUUGAGGCUGCUCGUAGGGCAAGUGAUCUGAAGAAACUGCUCUUUGAUGGAGCUCCAGCAGCCUUAGUUGGUUUAAUUGGUCAGAAGCAGUAUAAACGUUGUGCCAGCGAUAUAUAUUACUUUAGUCAGUCUUCUAUAUGUGUGAAGCAACUUGCUUAUGCAAUCCUUGAACUUUUACUUAUAUCCGUCUUCCCUGAGUUGCGUAAUGUUGUCAUCAGUGUUCAUGAGAAUAUGCACGCUCACCAACCUGUAUAGAGUUUCUCAAUUACAAGUUGUAUUCAUGAGAUUGGGAAGACACUGUAUUUUGUUGUAUGGUGUCCAAUGUCAUGGUUUUCCUAGCUAGUAGUCAUUUUAUAAGCAAGAACAAAAGUUCCAAUUGAUGGGGGGUUUUUUUCCACUAGGGAAUUGUUUUGUAAACACAGAUUGUGUACAGAAGCAUUCAUUUUUGUAGACUCAUUAUGCUUUAUCAGUGCAUUACCAUUUACCAUUA